GAUGCGUUGGACCCGUAUGUUAAUUAACCGCUUUCCUUCCCCUCCUUGUUCUACCUGAGUUCUGACCACGGAGGGAGGCGGAGCGCUUGAAAAUGGAAGGUGCGGUUUUACGGCACUCGGGUGCUGGGCUAGACUUGCUUUACGGCCGCCGGUAACAACCAAGAACGUUACGGAAAGAAUGAAGUCGGCGAUAGGUGACAGUACUUCAUGUUUUUCUGCAAAAAGCUACCCUGAACAACCCAGAGAGAGUAAAUUUGCAUUGGAUUCAUGUUAAAAUCCAAAAUUAAACCUUACUGAAACAAGGAAGACAUAUUUCCAAGCACUGGAAUUUCUCUGGCUGCUGUGACUCUGCCUGCAUAGAAUGGACCCUGUUGUCCUCAGUUACAUGGACAGUUUGCUAAGACAAUCUGAUGUAUUGUUACUGGAUCCUCCCUGCUGGCUUAAUGACUGCAUCAUUGGGUUUGCCUUUGAGUACUUUGCCAAUGACCAAUUCCGGGACUUCACUGAUCAAGUGUGCUUCAUUGGUCCUGAGGUGGCUCAGUUCAUUAAAUGCACAACCAGCCAGGAGGAACUGGCCAUAUUUCUUGAGCCGCUGAACCUCCCUCACAGGAAAAUUGUGUUUCUGGUAAUCAAUGACAAUUCCAACCAGGCUGCUGGUGGCACCCACUGGAGCCUACUAGUUUACUUCCAAGAUAAAAACUGCUUUGCUCACUAUGAUUCUCAGAGCAGGAGCAACUCUGCCCAUGCCAGACGGGUAGCAGGGAAGUUGGAGGCCUUUCUCAGCAAGAGAGGCAAAGUUGCCUUUGUAGAGGAGAAGGCUCCGGCCCAGCAGAAUAGCUACGAUUGUGGAAUGUAUGUCAUCUGCAACACAGAAGCUCUGUGUCAAGAAUACUUCCAAGGACAGCAGGAGCCUGUGCUACAGCUCCUCACACCCUCAUACGUAACAGGCAAGCGAGAAGAAUGGAAGAAACUCAUUGCUAAGCUUUCUCAGAAAUGAACAGCCAGUCUCCAGCUAUUGCCCUUCUCAUCAUGCUCCCUGUGCCUGAAGAAGGAAGCUUGUUCACAGGGUUUCCCUAGAGAAAGAAUGUAUUUACCUCUGCAUUUUUGCACUGCCUUAUUCUGCUAUUGAUUAGAAGCGUUGAGUCAUAGGAGACGACUUAAGGUCUAUGGUAGUUAUGGCUCUGGCUAUUUCCCCCUUCUCCUAUAUCUACAACAUUUCCACAGCACUCAAGUUCUUUAUACAUCUGUGUGUGAUCAAGUUUCAGUGACGUCAGCAACGUAAUAUAUUUCUGCCUGAAUUGAAUUGUGACAAAUUUCAGCAGUUCUCUUCCAAAACUAUGCUUGAACUUUCUGGAAGUGAGAUAAGCUGGUAUGAUGCUGUUAAACCACUAACAUGCUUAUUUCAGAAUCUGUCAAAAUGGGGGUUUUGUUCCUGCUUUUCUGAAAAGGGAUUGCAGGGAAACAGCUGGUUGCUGUACAGAGUUCGGCUGUGUAGGGAACACUAUAGAGAUGACUAAACAGAAAUUCUAUAAUGUACAGAAUUCUUGAUAGCAAAAGGGACUUGGUUUUUGUUCAGUUUCUGGCUAUUCUUUUUGCUGUUACUUAUCAUGCAAUGAAUUACUUAGAAAUAUGCACCUCUAAAUGGAAGCUAUUAUGAAACCCCAGGCUUUCCACUCUCAAUAUCUGGAAGGGAAAGAAAUAGAAAUUUAAGUAUGAGAGUGUGUGUUUAUUUUUUUAAACUUCUGUACAUCACUUUGAGCACUUUUGGCCUAGAAAAGUGGCUUAAAAGUACACUAAAUAAAUCAGCCUAAAACAUAUUUAGUUGAAAGUGAGUCUAAUAUGACUUAGUUCCUAUGCCAAGGACUGAACCCUAAGGGUUUGGGGAUAUGCUUAUGUUAUUUUGCAUAUCUGAAUUUACUGGGAACUAGCGAGGACUUGGAAUAUUUGAGUUUCAUGAGACUUGCAGGUUUGUGAACAGCAAGGUGUCAGGUUAGAGAUGCCAUUCUGCUUCAGUCAUUUGCGGAAGCAGGCUGGUAUUCUUACUGCAUGAUCUGUUUGGACCUAUGUUGAACUGGGCUUAAGUAGGUUUACAUGAGAUGGUAGCCUUAAAAAACCCCUGGUAGGAAAAGAGGCCGUAUGCCCCGCUACUGCGUGUUCCUUAACAUGUCUCCCAGCUUGUCUCUAUUGCUUACUAAUUUGAGAUCAGCAGUAUUAGGGUUGACAGCAUACUUGGUUGCUUAUAUGAAAUCCUAUUGCUGGACAACAUAGGGUUGCCUCAUGCCGCUGUGCACCUAGGACUGCUGAAGAAGGUAACCUGUCCUUUUGGGUUAUAUACCUGUGUGGGUGAUAAAGCCAAAAAAGCUGUAUCAUUUGUUUUUCCUGUUAGCCUGCUUUUACUCCCAAGGGCUGCUGCCUUAUCCACUUACAGUCUUCUAACACUGAAGAUAAAACACAGCAAGUGUUUAAGAAACAAGUUCUAGUUUAUGUCACUGUUGGGGCAGAAGAAGUUUAUCAUUUUCUGAUUUUUAUAUGGAGAAGGAAUGACAACUUUUAAUGUGUUUGGGAAAAUCUUCAACCAUUAAUAAAAGAAUUUUCACUUCAA